CGUGAAUGUAUCUCAGUACACGUGGGUCAGGCUGGAGUCCAGAUGGGCAAUGCAUGCUGGGAACUCUACUGUCUGGAGCACGGGAUCCAGCCCGAUGGUCAGAUGCCCAGUGACAAGACCAUCGGAGGAGGAGACGACUCCUUCAACACCUUCUUCAGUGAGACUGGAGCUGGCAAGCAUGUCCCCAGGGCUGUGUUUGUGGAUCUGGAGCCCACUGUCAUUGGUAAGAUCACUUUGUCUUGAAACAAUGAUGAUGACACUGUGCAACACACUAAAAACAAAUGGUUCUAUAUAGUGCCAAACAUGUAAUAGCAUAACACAACAGAUUAGAUCAAUUGGAAUGACACUCUCACUUACGGUUACACAAAAAUAACUGUGCGCAAACCACGCCCCCAAAUAUUAUAAUCAGCCGCAUUUUAAUUAUCACUAAAAGAGUAAAGAACCCUUUUUUGAACUGCAAAGGACCAUGGAAGGCUUAAAGGGUUAUUUGGGUCAGUAUGGUUCCACAUAGAACCAUCACCCUUCCCAAAGAACCUUUGAGGAACCCUAAUUUUUUUGUGUGUAUCAGUCUUGACUUCUUCAGAUAAAAGCGCUUUCUUUGUUCCAGAUGAGGUGCGCACAGGAACUUACCGCCAGCUCUUCCAUCCUGAGCAGCUGAUCACUGGGAAGGAGGACGCAGCCAACAACUAUGCACGUGGGCAUUACACUAUCGGCAAAGAGAUCAUUGACAUGGUUCUGGACAGGACUCGCAAACUGGUGAGAAUCUCCAACAACCUCUAGUGAUGCCUUAUCGUACAUCCUGUAUAUUUCUUGUCGUUGUCCAACCAUAAUGAUCUGAAACAUCUCUCUUCCCUCUCCACAGGCUGACCAGUGCACUGGCCUCCAGGGCUUCCUGGUCUUCCACAGCUUUGGAGGUGGCACCGGUUCUGGUUUCACCUCCCUGUUGAUGGAACGCCUGUCUGUUGACUAUGGCAAGAAGUCCAAGCUUGAGUUCUCCAUCUACCCAGCUCCACAGGUGUCCACAGCUGUUGUUGAGCCUUACAACGCCAUCCUGACCACCCACACCACACUGGAGCAUUCUGAUUGUGCUUUCAUGGUAGACAAUGAGGCCAUCUAUGACAUCUGCCGUAGGAACCUUGAUAUUGAGCGUCCCUCCUACACUAAUCUUAACAGGUUGAUUGGCCAGAUUGUGUCCUCCAUCACUGCUUCCCUCCGAUUCGAUGGUGCCCUCAAUGUUGAUCUGACAGAGUUCCAGACCAACUUGGUGCCCUAUCCCCGUAUCCACUUCCCCCUGGCCACCUAUGCCCCAGUGAUCUCAGCAGAGAGGGCUUACCACGAGCAGCUCUCAGUGUCUGAGAUCACCAAUGCUUGCUUUGAGCCAGCCAAUCAGAUGGUGAAAUGUGACCCACGUCACGGCAAGUACAUGGCCUGCUGUCUGCUGUACCGUGGCGACGUUGUGCCCAAAGACGUUAACGCUGCCAUUGCCACCAUCAAAACAAAACGCUCCAUCCAGUUUGUAGACUGGUGCCCAACUGGUUUCAAGGUUGGUAUCAACUACCAGCCCCCAACUGUGGUACCUGGUGGAGAUCUGGCCAAGGUUCAGAGGGCAGUGUGCAUGCUUAGCAACACCACUGCUAUUGCAGAGGCCUGGGCCCGUCUUGACCACAAGUUUGACCUGAUGUAUGCCAAGCGUGCUUUCGUGCACUGGUAUGUAGGUGAGGGUAUGGAGGAGGGAGAGUUCUCUGAGGCCAGGGAAGACAUGGCUGCCCUGGAGAAAGAUUAUGAGGAGGUGGGCGUCGACUCCAUUGAGGGAGAGGGAGAAGAGGAGGGAGAGGAGUAUUAAAUACUAUGCCAAAUUCACACAUUCCUAUGUGACCCAGAGCUGAGAAUGACUGAAUUGUUUCCACUACACUCUUAGAAAAAAAGGUUCCAAAAGGAUUCUGUUCCCAUAGGAUAACCCUUUUUGGUUCAAGGUAGAACCAUUUUUGGUUCCAGGUAGAACCCUUUUGAGUUCCAAAAGGGUUCAACCGUGAAUCAAAAGGGUUCUACCUGGAACCAAAAAGGGCCCUUCAAAGGGUUCUUCUACAGGCACAGCCAAAGAACCCUUUUAGGUUCUAGAUAGCACCUUUUUUUCUAAGAAUGUAUGAUUCUGCCUUGAACAACCAAUAUAAUGAAGUAUUAGGAUGGUAAGGUGUAGUCUACAACUCUUUUAAAAUAUGCUCACUCACAAAGGCUGAUGUCCUUGCUUCAUCUGUGCUUUUGUAGCGAGAGCCUAAUAAAAUGAUCAUCAAUAAAGAAGGUUGUUCUCUGUCUCUGUUAUGACAUCCAGUAGCAAUGUUAUAAGUCACAUACAGAUAAGUGACCACAGAGUAAAUUGAUAUCAGUAGGUUUAUAUACGCAAGUGAAAUAAUUAUUUAGCUAACAUUACUUUUAUCUAGACUAAGCAUGUCUGUCUCUGUCAAUGCAGUAUGUGGCAAAGUUCUGUUUUCAUACUGAUGAGACAUCUGUAAUGUUAUAUUCUUCAGCAGGUCAUUUUACAUAUUGUUAUCCUCAGCAGUUUGCUAAUGUAGUUUAACUGGUAGAUAGAGAUAGAUAGAGGACUCAUCUUUGUAUCUGUGCCAUUAAAGCGUCUGUGACAGUAUGUGCAGCGCCAUUGAGGCAAAGUCCAUUUUGAAGUAGUACAUUUUGUUCUUCAUAAUUGGCUGAUCCAUUUGUAAAAAAAAAUUGCCAAUUAGCAGAUGCUCUUAUCCAGAGCGACUUACAGGAGCAAUUAGGUUUAAGUGUCUUACUCAAGGGCACAUCGACCUUUCAGUUACUGGCCCAACGUUCUUUACCACUAGGCUACCUGCCACCCCAUGACUGUAACAGGGUCACCAGGCGGGAUCAGCCAAUGAAGUUGGAAGUCCCACCCAGUUGACUACAUUAAAAUGGUGGAAGCCCCCAAUGGCGCUGCCCAUGCUAAUAUUUGGCCACUAGAGGCCUCUAUCAUUCUCUAUGGACUGGUGCAAGACUUUAUAAACAAUAUCUAUGACGAGAUUCAUAAUCAAAAACUCUGGCUCCCUUUACAUUUAACAUUUUAGUCAUUUAGCAGACGCUCUUAUCCAGAGCGACUUACAGUUAGUGAGUGCAUAUAUAUAUUUUUUUUAUACUGGAAUCGAACCCACAACCCUGGCGUUGCAAAUGCCAUGCUCUACCAACUGAGCUACAUACCUGCCGGCCAUUCCCUCCCCUACCGAAUUGUGCGCCGCCCCAUGGGUCUCCCGGUCGCGGCCGGCUACGACAGAGCCUGGAUUCGAACCAGGAUCUCUAGUGGCACUGCUAGCACUGCGAUGCAGUGCCUUAGACCACUGCGCCACUCGGGAAACCCUUCUGUGGUUUGCGAUGGUUCUAGUGUCUGCUGUUUCCUGAGUAAGCCUACACUGUACCAGAAGUACUCCACUGACAGAUCACUGUCCAUGCAAUAGCAAGGUUAUUAUAGUAAACUAAAACUGAAACUAAAACUAAUCAUGAAAAAAUCUAUUUAGUAAAAUGAAAUAUUUUAUUAAAUAUAUAAAAUAAUUAAUAAACCCAUUUGAAAAACUAAAACUAUACUGAAACUAUUAUCCUGGACUCUAAAACUAACUAAAAUCAAAUUUAAAACCAUAAUGAAUUAUGUUCAGUUUAAUAUUUCAAGCUACUGAAUCUGGCGGGUAAAUGCUGCCAGGAGAUGGCGAUGUCUGAAAUAGGCUUAGUUUGUGCAUCACUAUUAGUCUCUCUAGACCAGCGGAGAACAACUUGCCCCUCUCAUUGAGGACUUCAAGUUCAAGGCCUACCGGGGUACUACAGGCAAUGUUUUCCGAAAGCAGGAUCAUGGUCAAUAUUAAUGGGUAUAAACAAAAAUCAGAACACAAUCAUGGUACCAAUACUUGCUUCUAUUUCACCAGAUGUAUGUCCUUGAACCAAUUAUUUAAAAAAUUGGACACAGAAGAAGUUAUAAGGAUCCUUUGCAGCCUGCAGUACCCCGGCCGGCCUUCAACUUGAGAUACUCAAAGAGAGGGGGCAGCACUGAGCUAGCCUGCAACGUCACCUCCUAGAGUAGCUCAAACUGCAUGCAACGUUUCCAAAAAAGCCUCCAUGAAGCAAGAUGGCGACACUGAUCUUCAAAUGCGCCACUAAGACCUCACAAAGGAAACAAUGAGGUGAUGUAAUCGAUGGCUCCGUCCAUUCUUUUUACAGUCUAAGCUCUAGACAGACGGGUUGCUUGCCUAGUUUACGGUGCUCCAAGGUCUGGGAUACUCGAGACUACAUCACUAUCAGCUAUCACUAGCUAACAUUGAAAGAAUCGGCUAGGUAGCUAACUUGAUUCUUCUUAUAUGUCUCUACUGAGGUGAAAAAGCAUUGGAUUGGUGUAAACAUGGGUGAGAGAGUUUCCUUUCACCAUAUUUUUUUAAAAACCAGUCUCAGCGCUAUUCCUAUUAAAUCCAAGUCAUAUUGAGAUUAAAUUAUAAAGUCAAAGGGCUAAUCAGCAGUUUUCGUAAAAAGCUGAGGGAUGGGGCUGGAGAAAUGUAACCACUCUAAAAUGCAUAGAGAGAGCUAUGGAUACAAAGACCGACCAUCCAUGAUAUCCAAAAUUAUUGUUUUACCCAUGUUUUGAGGCUUUACAAUGUUUGUUUAUAUUUACUUUGUUUACAAACAUUGGAGUAAACAAGCUUAUAUGUUGGGUUCUGAUGGGUAACGACAUUUGAACUAAGCUCAUGAGGCACGUAUAAGUUAUAUUCUUCAAGAAUCAAUGGGUACAUAUCAUUAAUUUAUAAGUCCAAAAAUGGAUGAAGCAACUGAUGAUUGCCCCUUUUAACCUAACAAAACCUAUGACCUGACCCUCCACCUUAUGUAUUACUGCCCCCAAGCUAAAAGAAGUGACAUCCCAAAAAACUAUACAAGACAAAUGGCUCCUAGCCUGGCCCACGCAUGCUUUCAGUCCAUAACACUAAAACUAAAUAAUACAAAAACGAAAUAUGCAUAUUUGUAUAUAACUGAAACUAAAUAAAAAGUAGAAAAUCAGGUCUGAAAACUAACUGAAACUAAAUUAAAAUCGAAAAACUAAUAUAAAUAAAAACUUAACUAAAUAAAACCCCAAAUUAUAAUAACCUUGUGACCAAGCAGACUUUUUCUCUUCUUCUUCUUUUUUUUUUUUUACCACGAAUAGGCCUAUAUCAGAAGAUGGUUUCAAAGGUUAGGCCUACAUUGUUAUCAUUUUCAAAGCAAUCUGUUAUCAAAAUAGUUUUCAAACCUCACUCUUGAUGUGUGAAUUUGCUUAUCUUCACGGCAUUGCACUUUGGUUGUAGGGUCAUGGCUAGAACGAAUCCAGCUUUUGUCAGAAUUGACUUUUCGUAGCAGGUUUAGGAGAGUUUACCCAGCAGAUUAGGUGAAUUAACAUGGCAGGUUAGGAUAAAGGUUAGGGUUAGCUAAAAUUCCCCAAAAAACAAAAACAAAAAACAACUUUUGACGUAAAUUUUACAAAAGAUGGAUCCCAUCUAGACAUAACAUGGUUGGUCGUAGGGUUAACACUCUUUUCACGCCUCUCCUUCUUCCGUGGUCAUCACUAUUCACGCAGUCCUACAUGUUCAAAUGGUCCAAUAGAACGAGCAAAAACGCCUAUUUCUUUCCAGGUGGGCGGUACAUUUCAGUCCAAAGGCCGCCCAAAUGUAGCGAACCGUCAUAAUCAGUAGCCUAUAUAAAGUCCCACCCUGACACAUUGCUGAAACGUCUCACAUUAGACUCCUAAAGGUCGGUCUGUGAGAGUUGGUCGUUAAUCUACGGUUUCUUAUUUCAUCUUUACUGCUCUUUUAAAACUCCUCAUCUUAGACAUGGUAAGUUUGAAUAUGAAAAUGACUGGAAUUGUGAUGUAGACUUCUUUAAAUGUGGUGUCAUGAUCGCAUAAUAAGAUUAGGUUAUGGAUUAUCAAUCAAACAUGACACCAUAAUUAAUACCUGUUGCCUUUAUCUUCUGUUGUCUAAUACACACAUAUUUUUUGUUGUUGUUGUAAAAUAUACUAUUUUUUCACACCGUGACAAUCAGACAUUAUCCGAUGUGACACAAAUAGCCUACAUUUGAAAAUUCCAUAUUAUGAUUUCCUUUGUGUUAGGCUACAAAAGUGACGCUUUUAACACGUUGUAGGAUGACUCCUCUGUCAGUUCUAGUGCUGCGCCACAUAUUCAAAGGCCUUUUAUUCCUUAUGUAGGGCGGCGCAUAGGCUUCUUUCCUUCUCUCCCCUCGCUUCUUGACCAUAGUAGGCUAUUCUUGCUUUUUUUGCAUUGCGGAAAGUGGCACGCGGUUGUAGCAUACAUGUGUCGUGGUCAUAUUUAUAACUAGUAUACAGUGCAAAAGCAGUAAAAUCGGAAAUGAUUUGACACACCAUCGAGAUGACUUAAUCAUGUGAUUUAUAGGUGAGAUUUUUUAUUUAUAGCCUGUCGCCGGUGAAAGUUCGAGGGGCAGGACCUUUUUAUAGAAUAAUAAGGCAGGUGUCAUGACAUUCUUGUCAAUACCUGAAUAAACCGGGCAAUUCAGACCACGUGGUGCUUUCUCAUCUUGUGUAAAUAAAGGAAACUAGACUGGCUGUUCCAGCCUAUAUCAAUCAUUAUAACCCGAUUCUAUAGUAGGCCCUAAGUCCCUUAUAGUCCAGAGGCAGAGACCUGUAGUACACUUUAUUUUAGACUACGCCAUUUCGUUUAGUUGGAAAGGAGAGUUGCCCAUUAAAUGGCAUAGCCUAUUUGCCUCAAUCUGAAUAAAUUGAGAUUCAAUUCAAUUUUUUUAGGGCCACUGAAAAAAAAAACUUUUUCCGCCCCAUACAUCGCGCUAAUCCUUGCCAUGCUGAUUUUCAUUAACCUUACAUUGAGGGACAGCUAUAAUCACUCCCAUUGUCAUGAGCACCAGAUGGUGAUGGCAUGGUUAUGACAUGACUCAGAGGACAGUGCCAUAGCCAAUAACACAGAUAUAACAGGUCAAUCCUGAGUCAAUUAUUUCUCAUUGUUUGAUUAGGCCACAUUUAUAUUUAAAUCAUUAAAAUGACAGUCAUUGACAUGUAGUAGCCUAAAUUAUACAGCAAUAGUCACCCAAACUAGUUUUAAUAAUGGUCUUGAAGUGUAUCCUUAAAUUGUGUCUAAAUCUUGAUUAAAUUCAGAAGAGGUUAAACCCCUCAAUGAUUUAGGGCCAUGAGUAGACUUACUCCACUCCAAAAGCUGCUGCCUGUGGUCAUGCGCUUUCUCAGCAGCACCAACACAGAGCAGGUCUGUCUCACCCAUAGCUGCAUAUAAUCACUGAGUCAGGUGACCUGGGUGUGCUGGUAUUAGAGCCAAAGCUAUGCAUAACUUGAAAACAUACAGGUACACAUGAAAAGGCUUUUUAAUUUUUUUUAUAACUGAAACUCUUAUGUAGGAAAGACUACCAAUAUCUGAGCACUCAAUUUUACAUGAUUGUUCUUUCUCCCAUAGCGUGAGUGUAUCUCCGUCCAUGUGGGCCAGGCUGGCGUCCAGAUCGGCAAUGCAUGCUGGGAGCUGUACUGUCUUGAGCAUGGGAUCCAACCGGAUGGAAAGAUGCCCAGUGACAAGACCAUUGGAGGAGGAGACGACUCCUUUAACACCUUCUUCAGUGAGACUGGAGCUGGCAAGCAUGUCCCCAGGGCUGUGUUUGUGGAUCUGGAGCCCACUGUCAUUGGUAAGAUCACUUAGUUUUAAAACAAUGAGGUUCUGGUAACAUUGGUAUAGCUCCUUAUUCUUGAGAAAAGCUAACGGAUCUUUCUCCAGAUGAGGUGCGAUCUGGAACUUACCGCCAGCUCUUCCACCCUGAGCAGCUGAUCACUGGAAAGGAGGAUGCAGCCAACAACUACGCCCGUGGGCAUUACACUAUCGGCAAAGAGAUCAUAGACUUGGUUCUGGAUAGGAUCCGCAAACUGGUGAGAAUCUCCAAUAACCUUUAGUGAUGUCUUAUUGUACAUGGUACAUCCUGCCUACUGUCUUCCAUUAACAAUAACCUAAAACGUGAAACAUUUUCUCCUCCCUCUCUCUCCAGGCUGACCAGUGCACUGGCCUCCAGGGCUUCCUGGUCUUCCACAGCUUCGGAGGUGGCACCGGUUCUGGUUUCACCUCCCUGUUGAUGGAACGCCUGUCUGUUGACUAUGGCAAGAAGUCCAAGCUUGAGUUCUCCAUCUACCCAGCUCCCCAGGUGUCCACAGCUGUUGUUGAGCCCUACAACGCCAUCCUGACCACCCACACCACACUGGAGCAUUCUGACUGUGCUUUCAUGGUAGACAAUGAGGCCAUCUAUGACAUCUGCCGUAGAAACCUCGAUAUCGAGCGUCCUUCCUACACUAACCUGAACAGGUUGAUCAGCCAGAUUGUGUCCUCCAUCACUGCAUCCCUUCGAUUCGACGGUGCCCUCAAUGUUGAUCUGACAGAGUUCCAGACCAACUUGGUGCCCUAUCCCCGUAUCCACUUUCCCCUGGCCACCUAUGCCCCAGUGAUCUCAGCAGAGAAGGCUUACCACGAGCAGCUGACUGUUUCAGAGAUCACAAACGCCUGUUUUGAGCCAUGUAAUCAGAUGGUGAAAUGUGACCCACGUCACGGCAAGUACAUGGCCUGCUGUCUGCUGUACCGUGGCGACGUUGUGCCCAAAGACGUUAACGCUGCCAUUGCCACCAUCAAAACAAAACGCUCCAUCCAGUUUGUAGACUGGUGCCCAACUGGUUUCAAGGUUGGUAUCAACUACCAGCCCCCAACUGUGGUACCUGGUGGAGAUCUGGCCAAGGUCCAGAGGGCAGUGUGCAUGCUUAGCAACACCACUGCAGUGGCAGAGGCUUGGGCCCGUCUUGACCACAAGUUUGACCUGAUGUACGCCAAGCGUGCAUUUGUGCACUGGUACGUAGGUGAGGGUAUGGAGGAGGGAGAGUUCUCUGAGGCCAGGGAAGACAUGGCUGCCCUGGAGAAAGAUUAUGAGGAGGUGGGAGCAGAUAGCGUGGAAGGAGAGGAUGAGGGAGAAGAAUACUAAGAAUCAGGACAUGUCAGCCUGUCGCAACACAUUCAACCAUUUCCCUCUAAACAUUCCUCAUGGAACCAUGUUUUGCUGUCCCUUUGUAACCUUCACUUUUAAAUCUUGCGCUCUUUAUUGCAAUAAAAGUCA